AUGGCCAGCCCUUUGACCCAAGAUUUCUGUCGUCUUGUACACAGUUCUGAUGAGCUCCCGGAAAGUGUCAUCACCUCGGAACCCAUUCUCCAAGCUGUAUCAGUCAAGAAGAUCAACGCUCCUGGUGCUUCUGGUUUGGAUCGUUACAGGGUCAUUUUAUCCGAUGGCACACACUUCUUACAAGGCAUGCUAGCUACCCAGCUCAAUCCUAUGGUAGAUAGUAAAGAGUUGGACAAGAAUACCGUUAUCAAACUCAAAACUUUCGUCACUAAUGUGGUUCAAGGCCGGAAACUCAUCAUCAUCCUUACUCUUGAAGUCGUACCGUGGUCAGGGGAGAAAAUUGGGAAUCCGACCAAUGUUGAACAAGCCGCACCUCUUGCCGCCCCUCAGUCUGUGUUGAAACCGAGUACUACGGCCAAUGUCAAUGCUUCAAAGCCGGUGGCUAAGCAACCGCAAAAGACCGCAGCGGCACCCAUGGGUCCGUUGUAUCCUAUCGAAGGGUUGAGUCCAUAUCAGAAUAAAUGGACAAUCAAAGCUCGUGUAACGCAAAAAUCUGAUCUCAAGCAUUGGUCAAAUCAAAGAGGAGAAGGGAAACUUUUUUCAGUGACAUUCAUGGAUGAUACAGGCGAAAUCCGUGCUACUGGUUUCAACGAGACUGUUGAUCAAUUUUAUGAUUUGUUGCAAGAAGGAAAAGUUUAUUUCGUUUCAAGAGCAAGGAUCAAUAUCGCAAAGAAACAAUUCAACAAUGUCAAUAACGAAUAUGAAAUCACAUUUGAGAAUAGUACAGAGAUUCAACCGUGCGACGACGAAAGUGUCCCUCAGAUCAAAUACAACUUCAAAUCUGUCGGUGAUCUUGGUGAUCUACAAAAAGAUGAGCUAUGCGAUGUCAUCGGAGUGGUUAAAGAAGUCGGAGAACUCGGAUCUGUCACUUCGAAAGCUACCAACAAACCUUUCGCCAAAAGAGAUAUUCAACUCGUCGACCAAUCGGGUCAAAGUGUUCGCUUGACAUUAUGGGGGAAACAAGCAGAAACUUUUCAAGCAGAUGAUGAACCUGUCAUCGCAUUCAAAGGUGUCAAAGUUGGAGAUUUCGGUGGUCGUUCACUUUCAAUGUUCUCAUCAGCGACAAUGGCGCUUAAUCCUGAUAUACCAGAAGCUCAUUCUCUUCGUGGUUGGUACGAUGCAGAAGGUCGUAGUAAACAUUUCCAAGCUUACACUUCCGCAACUGUAAGUAACUCAGAUGGACAAAUCACCAAACCUAGUGAAAUCAAAACUAUAGGUCAAGCAAAGGAUGAACAAUUAGGAAUGAGUGAUAAGACGGAUUAUUUCACAACUCAAGCUACUGUCAGUUUUAUAAAAAGUGAAACUUUUAGUUAUCCUGCUUGUGCAAAUCCUGAUGGAUGUAAUAAGAAAGUAACGGAUGAAGGUAGUGGAUGGCGUUGUGAGAAAUGUGACAAAACUUGGCCUUCACCCAUUCAUAGGUAUAUUUUAUCGAUGAACGUCAUGGAUUAUGCAGGAUCGUUUUGGAUCACUGCUUUCAAUGAGGUAGCAGAGCAGAUCAUGGGGAUAUCAGCCAAUGAAUUGAUGGAGAUGCGAGACAAUGGGAAUGAUGUUGAAUUUCAACGAUCUUUCCAAAAGGCUAGUGGUAGAACGUAUAACUUCCAGAUGAUGGCGAAACAAGAUUCUUUCAAUGACCAACCUAGAGUUCGAUAUCAAUGUCGUCGUGCUGCUUUACCAGAUUAUCCAGCCGAUAGCGCUCAUCUCGUUUCUCUUAUCAAUUCCAUUUCCGUGUAG